GGUGUGUGAAACCUUCGAGGUUAGAAGUGCAAUGGCGUCCUCUGGAGAAUUUCAGGUUAAGGAACUGGACAAGCGUGCCUCAGGACAGGCUUUUGAAGUCAUCCUGAGUCCCACGGCUCCAGAUGCCAAGGGAGAAUUCCCACUUUCUACCCCCAAGAAGAAGGAGGUAUCUCUGGAUGAGAUCCAGAAAAAGCUGGAUGCUGCAGAGGAGAGACGCAAGAACCAUGAGGCAGAGGUCCUGAAGCAUUUGGCUGAGAAACGAGAGCAUGAGAAGGAGGUCCUUCAGAAAGCAAUGGAGGAGAACAACAACUUCAGCAAGAUGGCAGAGGAGAAGCUUAACCAGAAAAUGGAAGCCAACAAAGAAAACCGCACAGCACGCAUGGCAGCUAUGAACGAGAAAUUCAAAGAGAAGGACAAGAAGCUUGAAGAGGUACGAAAGAACAAAGAAACAAAAGAGGGGGGCGAGGAUGAAAACUAAGUUUCCUCUCUCAUUUUCCUUUUCAUUUAGGGUAUAGUGUUGGGUUUUUUAAUGUAUCCAAAGAUUUAUUUUUUGUUCCAUUAAAUGGCCUGUUUUCCAUGUUUGGAUCCAUGUACUUGCCACUUUUUUAUUAAGGGGUUUUGGGGGAAAGCUGGUGCACAACAUUUCAUCACUGUGUGUAUUCAGUUGUGUCUUUCAUCAUCCCCUCUAACCUGUAGAUUUGUCUAGUUGCAGCUCUAUUGCAUUUAAAAUGAGCAGUGUUUUACUGAUAGGGAUGCAUGCCUGUGUUAUGCAUAGGUCUAAUAUAUACUUGGUAUAUUGCAUUGUGCACCUGUUCCCUUGUAUGUCAGUACUGCCAUCCUUUGAGCUUAAUAAAGUUGCACAGUUGUUUGUUAUGGUA